AUGCGAUAUCUUGCCGUUUUUGUCAUUUUCUUCGGCUUCUGCUUAUUUUCUACAGGUUUCUUUGUCUUUUUCAAUCAAUCUUUUGAUGAAUUGCUGGAAAUUUAGAUGGCCGAAGACGUCGCUCACAGCGAGCAAAGGUGAGUUCAUUUUAGCGCAGAGCUUCCUUGGAAAAAGUUGGAAAUCCAAAAAUUUUUUUGAUUGUUGAUACUGUUAAAAAGAAUUUUACGCUGAAAAAUAAUCAGACAAAGUAUCAAAUAAAAAGGAAGAUAUUAUAAUAGUGUGAAGAAGCGUAUCAAAAACAAAAAUUAAACAAAAAGAAAAAUGCCGUGUUCAAUUUGAUUCCGCGAAAUGCAAAAUGAUCUCUGACUCUCCAAAAUUUAGUGAUAUUUUCCUUUCUCUAACGGGUAUUUUGCAUUUCGCGGAAUCAAAUUGAACACGGCAAAAAAUUUUUAAAAAACGAAAAACAUUUUUGGUCAGAAAAUAUGAAUUUUGCGUGAAGGGUAUUCUGGAGCAACUAUGCUCUAUAGACAAAAUGUGUUGAUUUUUCAAAAAUUUCGAGAAAUUCUUUCAUUUCUUCCCAUUUUCUCAUUUCUCGUUUCUUUCUAUUGCUUUUAUAAAAUUCCCCGUCUUGGAAGCCACUGAUUUGAAUGGACUUAGUAGAUUUUGAUUUUUAUCGUACUUAACUUUUAAAUUUUUAACUUUUUUAGUUUUUCUUUUCAAAAAGUCGGACUUGCAUCUUCAAGCUCUUUCUUUUGUUGGUUUUCUUAUCUCGAACUCCCCUUUGAAUGCCUUCAUCAUGGAAAACCUCUGUUUUUAUUGAAAAAUUAAGGAGCCAGUACCAUUCCCUUUCGGAAUCGAAACGAGGCGCGAUCCGUUUGCCCCAGGCGCUGGAAUGUGAGCUUCAUAUAAUUCAUAUUUGAUACGUGGGCAUUAUAUGUUUUCCAACAUUCAAUGCGCUUCCCAAACCAGAAUCGUACUACAAACGGGCAACGCUUUUUCAAUUUUGGGCUUUCAAUUUUUUUUUUUUUUCAGAGGAGAAACUCUACAGAAAAGCCGCUCUGUACAUCCGUUAUCGACUCAUAUUUAUACUGAAGGCAAUGAUUGGGGUUGGAUAGAAGAAAAGGUAAAAUAACUUCUUUUGCAGUUUAGAAAAUAAAUUUUUAGAGAUUUUUUGCAUAAAAAACAUUUGAUAUUACAAAUGCUGCAGGAAGUCAAAGUGAAAGAAGACGUGAAGAGGAAAACAGACGAAGAAGAGAAGACUGACGACGAGAAGGCGGCGGCAGAUCUGACGGAGGCGAUUCGGAAUGCCCAGUAUGGCAUUACGACGACCGUUUUGCCUCCAGAUCCAAGGCACAACGGCCUUCUGAAGGACGUCGGCAGCGUUGGUUCGUUGAAAAACGAAAAUUGUUUGAUUCAAAAAAAGGAUAAAGUGCUUCCAGAAAAUUUCUUACUGAUUUUUUAUACGUUCAAAAUUGAUUUUUAGGAGUUGGAUUUGGCGUCGGCGUUGGCGUGCCCGGUAAUGAUCCAGUAGCCGUCUCCGCGAGGGUAUUUCUAAAAUUAUUUUACCUUUUUAAUAUGCCUACUCAAUACGAUGUACAUUAUCUGAAAAUACUAAAAAGAAUAUUUCUUGUUACUAAAAAGAAUAUUUCUUGUUGCGUUCAUAUUUACUCUGCAACAUUUUUCGGAAUCAUUUUGACAAAUUUUCAUCAUUUAUUCUUCAGGUAGCCGUCGGUCUGGACGGUUCUGGCCCGGCGGCGGGUCUUCCCGCAGUCUACGAGUACAUCUACCCAAGGCCGGUGAGCAUACACGUUUAUUAGGCGCGCAGGUGUUCAAAUCGCAGCCGUCUGAAGCGAUUAGCCACCGCUUAUAAUUAGACAUAUCAAAACAGCUUAAUUGUUUCUAACUUCUACAAAAAAUCAGCUUUUUUCAGGUCUGAAAAACCAGCAAAAUCAGCUUUUUCUCUGCUGAUGGGGUCAAAUUUGGGAGCGUUUUGUUGCAAAGAGAAGCGACUAUGAAAAGAUCUCCACCAGCCAAGGACUAUUUCUUCUUUUAUCUUGUAAAGACCAUUUUUUCGAUGGUUCAAGUCAGCGGUGAAAUUUUCUCGCUUUGACUUGAAAAAAGAUUCCACUAAUAUCUGCUAGGAGGCGUCAGACCUUAAACGACUUGCGCGCUUGGUUGUUGGAUUCUAAAAAAAAAGGUGGACAGUAUACCAGAAGGUAAAAUAGCGAUUAAAAUCGCAACGUCAUGAGUCAUUCCAUUUGUGACCACGGCUUUUCAAAAUUUAAUAAUGUACAAAUUGGAAAAAAAUUCCAAGAGCCGCAAAAAACUUUGCGAUUAUCUCAAUUCCUUUUGAGAUCAAAAUAUACAAAAAAGUAUAAUUUUUACUCUGCUGACUUCCCUUUUAAGAAUUUUCAUACUUAAUUAAUUUUUUCAAUUGACAUGUCUUGUACUGUGAGAAAUUAUUAGUUCCUCAUUCAUGCAUUUUUCGUAGAAAAUUCCGUUUCAUGAAGACUUUCAUCUUUUAAUUUUUUGAAAAAGAAUCACAUUACAUUGUUGAAAUUUAACCUGGAAGCAAAGUGGAAAAUUAUUUUUUUUUUUACCAAGAACUGAUCCUUAUACGUCAGAGAACCGUCGAAACUGUUAGUGAGUCUGUCGGCAGGAAAAAUCAGAAAAUGGGGCGAUUUCGAUAUUAAGCAGAAGGCAUCAGGUAACACGUAAAGAAGUUUACCUGCGGCACCACUACUUAGCAUCGGAAAACGCGAGGAAUGAGCGGGGGGCUGAUAAGAGGCAAAGGUGGGCGAAGCAGGUGAAAUGCUUCGGAGGCCAGGCGGGGGCGGCUUAUAUGUGCCUCGGCGGCUGAAUGAAGCUGUGCACACGGAUUGAAUUGAAUGGACACGUGGAUGACGCGGCUGCAGGACCGCAAAUGUUUUGUAACUCUCGAGAAUGAAACGAAUCGAGGAUCUGUACAGAGGCGUCGCCAAUCGAUUGUUCUUGCCAAAAGCCAAUCAUUUUCUCACCGCGUUCAGAGUGAAACCGUCACGUGUAUAGUUCAUAAAAACGAUUUUUUCGGCGCAGGAAACGUCUUACACUGACAAGAGAGUCUUUUUACUCCGAAAAGCAGAAAUUUAUGAAAAAGUUGCACUUUUUGAAGUUCGUAAACCGAGUCCCGAAAGUCUAUCAGCUCAGAGUCAUCUUUUUCGCCGAAUCUUCAAUUUUCUUGCACAGAUUUCGGUAUAAAAAUUGUGAAAAAUUUGCACAAAAAUUGCUGAAAUUGCUAUGAGCGUAAAACUGUAUUUUUUCAAUUUCACUUCGUUGGAAAACAAAUUUCGGAGAAAAGAUGGUGAAUAGAAAAAAGUUAAACUUUUAAAAGCGCCUUAUUCCGCAAAAAUUUUGGUGUCCCGCAACAGUUCUAUUUCUACAUUCGUUACUGGUUUCAUAGUAAAUAGUACAAAAUGAAGAUAUGUACAGAGGCGAUAGUGCGCAAAAAAAAGCUGAUAUGUUUCCCAUGUUCUCAACAUUUUGCGACAGCAAAAGGUGUUGAUAAAAUCAGCGUUGAAAGUUUCUCUGCGUACAGAGCUAAAAAUAAAAUUGUUUAUCGUUCUUUUUGUCAAAGAAAAGUUUUGGAAAAAAGUACUGUCCAUCUUAUUUCAGGGUGAACAUCAGUCGCUGAAUGACUACGACGGCAACAAGGACCUCAUUCAGUCCGGCAAGGCGAAGAAGUACUUCGACGCAGUUCGAGUGAGACCUUUCAAAUUCCCCAUCAGUAGUACUUUGAACAAAUUUUCCAGCUUGGCUGGAUCAAGGUACCACAGUACCAGGCGCCGAAGUCGACGGCCGAAGUGAGCGGCGGCAUUGGAAUCGGCACGAAUACACCCACGGGCGGCAAAUGA